AUGUGUGUGCAGUACGCGUUUGUCGUAUUGGUCGCCUUAGCGGCUAUCGUCCGGGUCGACGGGUAUCUCGACGUUUUGUCCAACGUACACGAUUGUGGAUCAACGGAUUUGGACACGUGUCUCAAAAGCCAAUUGUCGCAAACCAUCGAUGAAAUAUUGAACAGGAAUGACACUUAUCGGCUAAACCGGUAUCUGACCAUUACUACGGUCGGUAACCAUCGACGAUCGCCAUCGACAAGCGACGACCUAGGUGCGAAGUUUUUGAACUUAUUCAACUCUCUGCAAAUUCAAUACCGACCGGAAGAAGAACACGGGUCAACCAAUAGCGUUUCCGAAGGUCGUAAGAAAAAAAUAGGUAAACACAAAAAGCACAAAAUGGGGAUGAUGAUGGGAUUUAUGGCGAUGGGCAUGACUAUUCUCGGAGGUCUGUUUAACAAGAUUAUGAUGGGUGGUGCGAUAUCAAUAGCCCUGAAAGCACUGAUCAUAUCAAAAAUUGCUCUGAUUCUGGCCGGCACCAUGGCGAUAAAAAAGCUGUUGAGUGGUGGUGGCGUUGGCCAAAUCAGCUAUCAUCCAUCGUGGACCGGUGGUGGAAAUGAACAACAUAGCGGGUACCGCAGGAGUUACGCGGCGCAGCAGCCGAGUAUGGCUACCGCCGAUGCGUUACCAUACAGGGAUCAAAUCGAUUCUUAUAGCAACGCUAACUAUUCCAGAUAGUUCGGCAACGUAAAUGUCUUGCGAUGUACUAUUAGACACGUAUC